UUCUGAAACUGCAGCCUCUGGUUUUGGACUUUAUAACUUCAAAAUCAGUUGCCCAGCCCUGACGUGUUGGUUUAUCUCCAUUUGUGGGAUCUUACUAUGCGUAUUACUAAAAGUUAUUCAUUGUUAGCAAACACACUGGAAGUAAUCCAUUGCUUGCAGAGAAAAUAUUUAAUGGGCAACUAUGGGUUUUCUGAAUUUAGGUGCAAGUUCUCAAGCAGAGAGCAGCUGGGACACGCGUUUUAAGUGAAGAUUGGGGGAAAGUGUUUACCCAGAACCCAUAGCCGGAGAAAGGAGAGUGGGUUUGUGCAUGCGCAUGGCAGGGUCUCACAGCUCUUUGUAUUAUGGUUGGAUCGCCCUGCUCCGCUGCCGGAGACGGUGAUCGGGGAACUGACAGGGCGGCGGUGAAACUGCUGCCGGCCGCGGGGCACAGAUUGCCGGAGCACCCACCCACAGCCUUCCCUAGAUGGCCGUGAGUAACGAGUUGAAAAAGCACAGCCUGGUGUCGGGAGUGAUCUCCAUGGCAGCCCUGAACGUGGAGCUGAAGAAAGAGGUCGGCGAUGCAGUGGGUGAGCCACAGUCUCCUGAGACGCCGAGGUCUUGGUACCACUACUACUGCCCCGAGUGUGGCAAAGGCUUCAGGUCCCCCUCAGGCCUGGAGAGGCACUUGCGGGUGCACACCGGGGAGAGACCGUUUGAGUGCCCUGUGUGUGACAAGAGUUUCUACAGCUGUAGCAACCUGACCCGGCACCAGCGCAUUCACAGCGAGGAGAGGCCAUUCGGCUGUUCGGCCUGCGAGAAACGCUUCUAUACCUCAGGUGAACUCGCUAGGCAUGCCCGGGGCCACACGCACAAGCAGCUCCACCCGUGCCCUGUUUGCGGGCAAGGUUUCUGCACGCCCGGCGAGAUGGCCCGGCACCGAGCCUCGCACACCGGCGGCCGGCCAUUUGAGUGUGGCGUCUGCCACAAACGCUUCUGGACAGCCAGCUACCUGGCCAAGCACGGGCGUCUUCACAGUGGCGAGCGACCGUUCUCCUGCUCCGUCUGCCACAAGGCCUUCCGGGCGGCCGGCUACCUGGCCAAGCACGAGCGCAUCCACACCGGAGAGAAGCCCUUCGCCUGCGCUGGCUGCGGCAAGCGCUUCUGCGCCUCCAACAAGCUGGCCGAGCACCGGCAGAUCCACCGGGCCGACAAGGCCUUCGAGUGUGCGGCCUGUGGCAAGCGGUUCCGUGCCUCGCGCAACCUGGCGCAGCACCGGCGCGUGCACGGCGAGCGGCGGCCCUUCGUCUGCCCUGUUUGCGGCAAGGCGCUGGCCUACUCGGCCACACUGCGCAUCCACCAGCGCAUCCACUCGGGCGAGCGCCCCUUCAAGUGUGCCGACUGUGGAAAGGGCUUCACACAGGCCUUCAGCCUGAAGCUGCACCAGUACCACCACAGCGGGGAGCGGCCCCACCGGUGCCCGCUCUGCGGCAAGGGCUUCGUGCUGGCCAGUUACCUGGCAAAGCACCGGUGUGCCGGCCUGCCGGAGCGGGAGGCAAAAGAGUGAGGUUGAACUGUCCUCCCUCCGUCUCCCCCAAGUUACAACCUUCGUGGAGUCUACAGCAGGGAAAAGGCACUUUUGCCCACUGAGUCCAUACUGACCAUUAGGCACCCAUUUACACCAGUCCUACACUGAUCCCGCCACUCCUUCCCCCCCCACCCCCCAGUUCCCUGACCCUGCCAACCUGCUCCUGCGCACCCCCCCCCCCCAUUCCCAGGGUUUUCCAUUCACCUUCAUACACUUUACAGCACUUAUUUAUCCUACCAAUCCACCCUCCUCUGGAAUGUGCCAGGAAACAAGGACGCCACAGAGACUACGUGAGACUAUUUAUGAGAAUGCUGCUGAGACCGCCCCCCCCCCCCCGGGGCCUGACUUACAGGGAGAGGUUGGGCAGGCCUGCACUUUAUUGUUUAGAGUGUAAGAAUCUGAGCGGGACCUUGUAGAGGGUUAUAAGAUCAUGAGGGGGCAUAGAUGGGGUGAGUGCACUGCUGGCUCUCUGUCUAUCUUCUGGUCCUUACGGGAGUCAGGAACGAUGGGCCGUAUGAAUUCCAAUGCUUCAGUUUAUUUUAGAGUACAAAUAAAUAUACAACUCCUUAUCAAACUAAAUGAAGAGCUGAGAACCGAUGCUGAGAGGUAGGAUGAAUGCGGAGACAAGAGAAUAAAGAAGCCAAGAUGGCGCCUCUGAAAAAUCCUUCACUUUUAUAAUAAGAUAAGGAGAAAGGAUCCAGCGCUUUCCCGGCGUGUCUGACAGAUAAACCCUUCUUGGGCUUCCAGCUGGGCACAGGUAUUGAUUUUAUCCAACAUUUCAGUGACAGAUUCCGCCAUCUUCAUCAGGGAUGAUGUCUAGUCACGCCUAGUUCGGUGGUAUAUAGACCCCCGUCGUCCAUCCCUCCUGAUUGGCUAGUCUGGGUGGUCUCCAACCUGAUGGCAUGGUCCAUCCAUGGCCUCCUCUACUUUCGCGAUGAGACCACACUCAGGUUGGAGGAGCAACACCUUAUAUUCUGUCCAGGUAGCCUCCAACCCGAUGGCAUGAACAUCGAUAUCUCGAACUUCCAGUGAUGCGCCCCCCCCCAUCUCCUUCUCUAUUUCCCAUCCCCUUUUCCCUCUCUCACCUUAUCUCCUCGCCUGCCCAUCGCCUCCCUCUGGUGCUCCUCCCCCUUUUUCUUUCUUCCAUGGCCUUCUGUCCUCUCCUAUCAGAUCCCCCCCUUCUCCAGCCCUGUAUCUCCUUCACCAAUCAACUUCCCAACUCUUUACUUCACCCCUCCCCCUCCCGAUUUCACCUGUCACCUUGUGUUUAUCUCUCCCCGCCCCCCUGCCCCUCUACCUCAGACUCCUCAUCUUUUUUUUUCUCCAGUCCUGCUGAAGGGUCUCGGCCCGAAACUUUGACUGUACUCAUUUUCCCCGGAUGCUGCCUGGCCUGCUGAGUUUCUCCAGCAUUUUGUUUGUGUUACUUAGGCUUCCAGCAUCUGCAGAUUUUCUUGUUUGAGUUUAGCUGCCGUACCACUUUCUGCCAGUGAGUGUGAAAAAUACAGGAGUUUGAUAAAAAUUACACAUCUUAUAAAAAGUAUUAUUAAAAAAAGUGGUUUCCAACAUCACACAGAUUUUUCCCCCUAGGGAAAGGGAAUCAAGAAGAAGAAUUAAAGGAAGUGGAGGAAAGGUUUAAAAAGGCUAAGGGGAAAUAUUUUCACACGUACCGAGGUGGUGUGUGUAUGGAAUGAGCUGCCAGAGAAAGCAGUUGAUGCACAUACAAUAAUAACGUGUAAAAGAUAUUUUGAUAAAAAUAUAGACAGGAAAGGUUGGGACUAGCUUGGGUCAGCAAAGAUGAGAUGGGCUGAAGGAUAUGUUUCUGUACUGUAUUACUCUGACACCCUGGGGGAAAUUUGGGCACUGCAGGGAAAACAUGCAGACUGCACACAGACAGCAACAGAGGUCAGGAAUGAAGCCAGAUCUCUGUCACUGUGAAGCAGCAGCUCGACAGCAUGACCAAUGUAUCACACCAUCCCGUCCUUACACUAAGCUGUGUUCCUCUGCUUCACGUUAAAGCAGUGUCUCAAAAUGCAAAGUUCUCACCCUUGAUUUCAAAUCCCUCCCUUUGUGACAUCCUCCAGCCAUACAACCCUCCCAUAUCACUACCCCCUCUAAUUUGACCUCUUUUGAAUUUACCAUAUCAGCUCUCGGCAGUACCUUCAGAUUCUAGUACACUAAAAAAUGGAAUUGCUGACAUUAACCCGUCUACUUCUCUACUUCCCGUUUCUCCUUUUAAGGCGCCUACCUCUUAAAAUAACCUUCAGUCAUAUUUUAAUUUCUUACGUUGCUUGUUGUCAAAUGUUGUCUUGAGUAGCUGCUUGGGUUUUGGGGAUAUGAAAAGUUAUUGUAUAAAUGCACAUGAACUGUUUUUGUUGUUGCUGAGGGACCCAGCAUCAUAUUCUUACCUUACGUAUUUUGUAGAAGUUAUUGCACAGAAAUAGACCAUUAUGUCCAACUGUCUUGGGCUAGUUACAGUCCACAUGUGGCUGCUGGCAUUUCAUCUACCUAAUUGUACUGAUUCAAUAUUGUGGUCAGUUACUCCACUGAUUAUGUAAUAUGUUCCCUUGCCUGUUUCCUGUGUCUAUGAGUUGCACAUUUUAAGUGUUUUGAGUGAAGAAGUCUCCCUGUUCUAUUGUAUUAACUUGUCAUUGUCUUAUAUGUACAGCUCUUAGUUUUGUGUUAUUCUACAUGUGGAAAUAAUUCUGACAUGGGCGUCUGUGGUUCAGUGGCCUCCUCUGCAGUAAACCUCCAACCCAUUCAAGCUUAAAGACCUUCAUCAGUUUAAUUGUCUUUAGUGAAUGUGAAUUACGGAACCUCUCUGAUCAUUAGAGACAACUAUAACUUCUCAGUCCAGCAACGCUAACGCUUGGGAACUAUUACUGUGCUGUGCACACAAAGCACAGCCUGAAAGAUGACCUGUAUAAGUUUAACAUAAGCUUUUGAAUUCUAUGUCCUGAUAAGUUCCUGUGCUUUGUCGGCAUUCAGUUUACUUUGCAGACGUAUGAUUCUGCUUUAAAUGGAGUUUAAAGUUUGGACGUUGCUGAAAGUGGAUGAAUGUUAAUGAAUUUGUUGGAAAUACAGUACUUGUCUGAGUUUGUUGUGCUCCCUAUUGUAGUAAUCAUCUUUGUUUGAUAGUCUAUUAAAAGAA